UUUACAGUGUAAUUGCAGGUUGCUGAGUGUCCCGCAGAGGGCGCAGUGUUUCACAGAUCACACACACACAGGGGGGGUCGGGGGCGUUUGUUUAGCUGGAUUCACUGUCUUUUCAUUCUGUGUCUCACUGAAAUACACAGACACAAAGAAGACACUGCUCUUCUCUCCUUCACCAGCUCUUCACUCCUUCACCAGUUCUUCACUCCUUCAUAGAUUUAUUAUGUCUCCUUUCAUGUGCAGCAGCAGCAGCUUCAUCACAGCUGUGUUGUUGAUGUCGUCGCUGUGUGUUCAGAGUCUCCGUGUCGACGUAUUUCCCAGAAUGCCUCUGUUCGCGCUGGGCGAGCAUCAUCAGCUGAUCUGUUCUCUUCACGACUGUCCCACGAUGCCGAGCUUCUCAUGGUCGCUGCUGGAGGACCGCCCCCUGACCGCCUCCAUCAGCAACAACGGGACUCGGUCGGUGAUGACCUUUGACCCGGUGCUGCCAGAGCAUGAGGGGGCGCUGUUGUGCAGGACAGUUUGUGGAACAGAGAAGAAGCAGAUCAUCACCAACGUCCGGCUUUUCUCUUUCCCAUCAGCCCCGGUGAUCAGGGGGCCGAACCAGCUGAGGCUGGGGGUGGAGUCAACAUUGACCUGCCAGUUGUCUGAUGUUUACCCAGCGGAGCUGCUAAACCUAACCUGGUCCACCGGGAACAGAAUCCUGCAGAGUACGCUUGGAGAACCUGGAUCCAGUUCAGUCCAGUCUGAGCUCAAGUUCACUCCUCAGAACCAGGACUCUGUAUUGAGGAUCAACUGCAGGGCCACGCUGGAUCUGCUAGAACUGCCAGAAGAGACCAGGAGCAGAGAGAGCAGCGCCUCCUUUAGGAUCGUUUAUGCUCCAGUUGUGAAGUGGAUCUCAGAGUCUACAUUGGUGAUGGCGGGUUCGCCGCUCACGCUCUCGUGUUUGACGGAGGGAAACCCAGAACCGAGUGUUCACUGGACCUUCAGGACGGCGGAGGGCGGGACUCUUCCUGGACGUGGAGGACAACAGCUGGUCUUCACUGCGGUCAGUUUGUCCAACACCGGAACCUACGAGUGUGAGGCCAGAAACAGUGAGGGACAUGCGAGCGCCGCUGUCAACGUUACCGUUCAUGCUCCACCCACCAACACAUCCAUCACGGUGAGUGCAGGUGAGGAUGUGGUGGAAGGUCAGCAGGUGGACUUCACCUGCCACUCAGAGGGAGCUCCGCCCACCACACUGGUGCUGAGGAGAGAAGGGGUGGAGCUUCAUAGAACUGACCCCACCUCUUCCACACUCUUCUUCCGACUUUCAUCUGCACUUGUAGAAGACUCUGCCCACUACCAGUGUGAAGCCACGAACCAGUACGGUUCUCAGCUGGUGUCCAGAUCCAUCAGGGUCAAAGUCCACCCUCUGCAGGUUCAGGUGAGUCCACAUGUCUCACACGCAGAGCUUGGUGCAGUUCUGGUCCUGACCUGUAGAGCCUCCGGAUGUCUACGCCCCCUCACCCUCACCUGGAGGAGGACGCAGCAGGAGGACCGGACUGUCCUCCAGAGGACACAGCAGGAGAAUGGGACUGUCCUCCAGAAGACACAGCAGGAGGACGGGACUGUCCUCCAGAGGACGCAGCAGGAGGACGGACUGUCUCUACUCCAGCUGAAGGACCUGGACCUCCAGGAUCAGGGGGGUUACAGCUGUGAGGCUGAGUGUGACUCCGUCUUCAGGACCAGAACCACCUGGGUCCAGGUCUACUCGUUUGUUUCUGACCCGACUGUGAAGAACCCCGGUCCUGUCCUCCUGGGUCAGGAGGCGGUCCUUCAGUGUGAUGUCAUCAGUGUGUUUUCAAACAAUCAGCUGAGGAUCCAGUGGCUGAUGGAGAACAUCACACUGUCGUCACAGUCCUUUAGCUUCUCUGAGUCUCUGCACAACGUCUCGUCUGUCCUACAGUACCACGUCCAAGUGGACCGACCCAUUCUGACCUGCAGGGCGGAGCUACUGACGCAGGACGGAGACGUGUGGAAGUUCAGGACCACCAGUGUCCCUCUACAUGUCCACUAUGCUCCGAGGAGAACGUCCAUCAUGGUGAGUCCAGGUGAGGACGUGGUGGAGGGUCAGCAGGUGGACAUCACCUGCCACUCUGACGGAGCUCCACCCACCACAUUGGUGUUAAAGAGGGAAGGGGUGGAGCUUCACAGGACUGACCCCGCCUCCUCAAUGCUCUCCUUCAGUCUCUCAUAUGCCCUGCUGGAAGACUCCGCCCACUACCAGUGUGAAGCCUCCAACCAAUAUGGAUCCCAGCUGGUGUCCACCUCCAUCAGUGUCAAAGCUCCUCCCAGAAACACCACAGUGCUGGUUCUGCCGUCCACUGUGGUCCAGGAGGGUCAGAACGUCACCGUGUGCUGCUGGACCAUCAGUUCUCCACCGUCCACCAUGAUACUGAAGAAAUUGACCAACGGAACCGAGAUGUUCUCCUUCAAUGGAACCUUCUUACUGGUCAACGUCAGCACCAGAGACUCUGGUCUGUACCAGGUCAAUGUAACUAAUGAGCUGGGACACCAGGUCCAAGUGUUCAGGAUCAAUGUCAUCACAGAGAGAAGCUCCGCCCCUCCUCCUGCGAGCCUCAGCGUGGUCAUCAUCGUUAGUGUCUGUGUUGUGGUGGUUGUAGCAUCAUCUGCUCUGCUGCUGGACCACCUGAGAAGAUCCAGGAAGACAGGGUUCUAUCAGCUGCCUCAGUCUCCUCCACCCACUGCCUGAGUGCUGAUGCACCAACCAUGUGACUCAUUUCCCAGCAUGCUCAGUGGUCUGCAGCUGGGAAUCAGAACCUUCUGGAACAUCAGAACCACCAGAACAUUCAGAACCACUAAAACCCUCAGAAUCAUAUGUGAUUGUAUACUUCCACGCAUAUGUCUUGUGUCAAAGUGCGCGGAAGUAUACAAGGGCCUUUAAAAUCACCAGAACCUUCAGAACCUUCAGAACCACCAGAACCACAAGAACCACCAGAACCACCAGAACAUUCAGAACUAAUAGAACCUCUAAAACCAUAAAGCACCAGAACCUACUGGACCGUCUGGACUGGUGUUCAUCUCUCUGUUCACGUCUUCAGCCUGAGACUCGUUUCUCUUUCUCUCUUUAGUGAGAGUCUUUAAGACACCUCAGCUGGUAACCAUGGAGAUGUCUCAGCUGGUAACCAUGGUGACACUUUCAAAGCUGAGAAAACAUCAGAAUCAAAAACAGUGAGACCGAAGAAAUGUGUCUGUCUUUUGGUCUCAUUGUUUCUCUGUCUCCGAGUGUCUGUGUGCUGAUGUUGUCUUGUGUUUAACUUGUGUCCUUCGACUGUUUCCUGUCUCUGUCUUAGUGACACUGAGCAAAUGUUUUACUGAGUGACCUCUGACCCCUGGUGGACAGUGACAGUGUUGCAGAUUCAGCUAAAACUCUGUGUGUUGUGUGUGUCUGUGUUUCUCUCUCUCUCUCUUUGUCUCUCUGAGUGUAGUUGUCUCUCUGUGUCUCUGUCCAGUCGAUGUUUAUUUUUUUCCAUUUGUGUCUCACUCACUGUGACCUCUGACCUCUGGUGUGUAAGACCUGCUGCACUCUGUCUUUUUAAUGCUCUGGAAUUUCCUGCUGCUCUCUGUUUCCUCUCUGAUCCAAAUGGAUCCUGAUCCACAUUCUGAGGAAGCUCUGAAUCUGGAUAAUCAAUUUAACUGCCUGUGAAGAAGAUCCUGGUCCUGGUCCUGGUCCUGGUCCUGGUCCCGGUCCCGGUCCAGGUCCUGGUGCUGGUUUUGUACCUGUUGCUGGUCCCAGCCAUGCUCCUGUUCUGGUGCAGAAUAACAGAUAGAGCCCAAUCACCAUGACCUUAUGUCAGUAUGUCCCCAUAGUAACCAUGCAGUUACCACGGUAACAAUGGGCACUAUCGUUACCACAGUAACUUGAGUUACUACUAAAAAGACCACUGAUGUAGAUAUUUCAAAAUAAAGGGCUCAUGAUUCUACUGCCCCUUUCAUAAUAAAAGUCUUGUUGUCAUCGCUGAGCAGUUUGUAAAGACAGAUAUUUUCCAAAUAAAAGUCUUUCAUAAAAAGA